AUGCAGGCCAAGAACAGUCGCAUUACUGAAGAAGUUUUCAAAACAAAAAUAGAAAGCCUGCCGCCUAAGCAAAAGCAAGCAGCCCAUCAUAUUUUUGCAGCGACAAAGCGUAAAGGCAUAAAAGGUAUGGUUUACUCAAAGGAGUGGAUGCUGGAAUGCAUCAUUAUGAAAAUGAAAGGGCCAAAGCUGUAUGAACAUAUGCGCAAGCAGCAGAUCCUUGUUCUGCCAUCAAAAGCCACCCUACGCAAAUACACUAAGGAAUACAGGACAGGAUUUGGAUUUAGCAGAAAGGUUUUCAGUGUAUUAAAGGAGAAGACGAGCUCAAUGGACGUCUUCAAGCGACACGGUGGACUGCUGGUCGAUGAAAUGAAACUUUCAGAGAACCUUUCCGUGACGCCUAGUGGCCACAUUGAUGGGUUUGUUGAUUUGGGCACUUUUACCCCAGACAGUGACAAACAUGCAGUGUGUGACCACGGGAUGGUCAUUGUCUUUGUGCCUUUUGUUGGCAGUUGGACACAAAUUAUCGCUGUGUUUGCUACACACAGCAACGUCAAAGGAAAUCUACUGGCAAAAAUCAUGACAGAGGCUGUAAUCCUUGCCGAACAGGCAGGCCUGUUUGUUGAUUUUAUUACCAGCGAUGGCGCUGCAUGGAAUAGGAGGAUGUGGACACUCAUGGGUAUUCAGGCAACUCCAACGUUUACUAAGAGCAAGGUGCAGCAUCCUGUGGAUCCCGGCCGCUCACUUCAUUUUGUGUCCGACUUCCCUCAUCUGGUGAAGUGCCUUAGGAAUGGACUCCUGAAGUCAAGCUUCAACACCCCAGCAGGCGAGCUGUUUGGCGAUACCAUCCUCAAUGGCCUCCGCCUCUACAAGACCGAGCUUGAAGCAAGCUGGGGAAGCCUAGAACCAGUGCUCACAUUUUUUGGAAUGAUUCGAGACUUGAUAGAAAUUAUGACAUCCCGGUUUCCUGCCAAAGCCCUGCGGCCUGGAUCUGUGGCUGAGGACCAGCUGCUGUCUUUCCUGGCCUACCUCACGGAGUGGGAACUGCAUGCUGGGGACAAGGGGGCUUCCUGUCCACAUCUACAGCAGGAGCUGUUCGACAAAUGGACCCGCGCUAUUCCAAGAGCGGACAAACAGCUUGACGAGUACUCCGCGGUGUGCGAGAAGCACUUCGACCCAAGCGAACUGUGGUCGAUGCAGACGUUCGAGCAAACGAACGCAUUAUCCUACCAGACCGCUAAAUUGGAUAGGGAUGCAACACCUCCUGUUGUUCACAACAAGAUAGUGUUGUUUGAAAUUGAGGAAGGAGCAGCUGCACAGUGCAGCAUCUUCCUGAACGGGCUCCUAUUCAAAAAAAGUGGAUUUCAGAGACAAAGCCAAGCACAGGAUCUGCUCAUGUCCGCGGACACUUUGACACCCUGCGUAGGAAUUGGGAAAAUAGGAGAGUUCCAACCAUUGAAUUCUGAAAGCAUGACGAAGCUUUCUCAAAACCACGCCUUCUCCCUUUCUUGCGAUGGGUCUUCAUCGCCCUCGUUACAAGAUGGCUCAUCUGGACGUUGCACUGCCUGCAAAAAAUGCAGAGACCUACUGAAAGCUCGUCUGCUCCGUCUGAAAAAAAAGAUUAAGCGACCACUUGCAAGGACAGCUGUUCAACGACUCAAAUGGGCAGUUCGUACAUUGAAGAAAAAGAAAAUGAAGCUGCUUACCUUGCAGGAUGCCCUGAAGAAGAUGCGAGAAAAGACUUCACAAAUCAGCGCAUCUGUGUUUGAGGAAAAGCUGAACCUUCUUCCGAAAAAGCAACAGGCUGCAGUGCGGGCUUGUUUUGACGCCGCUAAACGGAAGUCAUUGCGCGGAUACCACUACAGUAAAGAAUGGCUUCUUGAGUGUAUCAUCCUCAGAAUGAAAAGUGCACGACUGUAUGAGCAUCUUAGAGCACACAAAAUUCUUGUACUGCCAAGCCAUGCUUGCCUCCAAAAAUACAUCAAGGGAUUCACUGCUGCCUAUGGGUUUAAUACCAAACUCCUGAGCUGUCUGAAGGCCAAAGUUAAAGACAUGGAUGAAAUGAAGAGGCAUGGGGGCAUCGUAGUGGACGAAAUGAAGCUCUCUGCGCAUCUGGACAUGCAGUCUUCCACCCAUAUUGAAGGUUUUGUAGACCUAGGCAAGUUCACCGACGCCAGUGAAAGACACGAGAAGGCUGACCAUGGGCUGGUCAUAAUGUUCCAGCCAUUUGUGGGGAAAUGGACCCAAAUCAUUGGUGUAUUUUCGUCCAGCGGGAACGUGAAAGCCAGGCUGCUGACAAAAAUUUUGAUAGAAGCAACGAUUCUGUGUGAGCAAGCCGGCCUCUACUUGGAUUACAUAUGCUGUGAUGGCCCAUUGGGAUCAUGUGUCAACCAUGUGGAAGCUUGA